AUGAAAUUAGCGCAGCUGCUGAGUGAUGGCCCUAUGAAGAAAGUGGAAGCAAAAACGAAGACGGAAAGCAGUGAAAACGUAAGUAAUAAACGCUUUUUUAUGUUAUACUAGGUUUUUACACAAUGAAGUCCCGAAAACGCGCCGUUUAGAUUUUCUUUACAUAUGCGAAGCCAUAAUUAACAUUUUUUAAGUCGGUCUCGUUUCCAAAAACGACGUUUUGCAUCGGCCAAAAUCAAUUUCUGAAAAUUUUGGCCGUGUCCAGAAAAUGCGUCAUGAUGACACCGAUUUAAAAUGAGCCGGUGGCAUAAACAACGGCUGUAUAUAGCUAGGAGUACUUCAUAGAGCAUGUCAAAAAAUUUCGGGCACUGCAAAGCUUCCCGUCGCGAAAAAAUUCCAGAAGAAUCCAGAAAAUCCGUCAUCCAAAUUGAGCAUUGCAAAAGUUUUGGACAUAAUUUUUUGUGAGUACUCCGGGGAGUACUCCUAGCCAUAUACAGCUGUUUUUAUACCACUGGCACUUUUUAAAUGGGUGUCAUCGUGACACAUUUUCUGGACACACGGUUUAUCGUCAGAAAAAGUCAAAAAAGUGUAAAAUUUUCAAAAAAUCUCGCUGUUCUAAAUAUAAAUUUAUUUAGAUCAAUGAAUUUUCAGCCAACACCUCCAUCAGAAGCCCUUCUCGCGAUUGGCGGUUGUCGUCGUUGUGAGAAGACUUUCACCGAGCGUCUUGAACUUAUUCACCACUUUGUUGAUCAUUUCCCCACCAUUUUUUAUUCCUUCGAAACCAAGUCUUCAAAUCCUCAGCUUCUGACACUGCUAUCUGAAUGUGUAAAAAAUUCGGAAAAGGAGGAGAAAUUGGAGCCCUCGGAGGACCAAGAAGACUUGCCAUAUCACAUGUGUCCACAUUGUUGUUUGACUUUCUUGGAAACGCAUUGUUUUGAAGAUCAUUUGGCCAGUCAUUUGAAUACGGUGAGUGAAGCUUGGAACCUAUGUAUGUAAAAAUUGGCUUACCUUUUUUCGAGCGUCUUGAAUGAAAAAUCAAUCCGCUUUAUAGGGACAGCUGAGAUAUUCAACUAUCUUUGUGGCCGAAAGAGUACGCGAAACGCGGAGAGAGGUCCGAGAGAGAAACAUUUUUUGGCCAUACCUUUGCCUGUUUCGCGCCGAAAGCAUUGAUUUUUUUGUGGAAACAUUACAGUGGUGGGCCAUAUCCAGUGGUUAAAAAAGUACCAUUUUGCAUCCGGGAAGUAUCAAAAAGGCAGCAAAAUACCUCACUCUCCAAGAAAAGACUGCAAUUUCAAAAACGCGCCCCCCAAAACGGGGUUUUUUUCCGCAUCAGGACAUUUCCGGAAUUUGGACACUUCCGGAAUGGCGGAAUAGUGACACUUCCGGAAUGGCGGAACAGUGACACUUCCGGAACCGGGGAAAAAUCAAAGAAGAGGCUUAGACCUGCCAUCUGAACCAUCUGACUGGAUUUAUUGUUAUUAAUCUCAAAAAUUUUGUUAUUUUUUUCUGAUUGUUACUUUUUUCUUAAGUAGUAGUGUUAAAAAGUAAUUUUUCGAUUUUUUUCUAAAAAUACUCGAUUUAGGGGUUUUCAAGGUUGCUGAUUUCGAAUAUCGGGUUCAUUUUUUCUGAACUUUACUAGUUUUCCUUAAGCAGUAGUGUUAUAAAGUAAUUUUUUGGAAUUUUUCCAAAAAUACUGGAUUUAGGGGUUUUCGAGGGUGCUGAUUUCGAAAAUCAUGUUAGCUUUCCUCUUUAUAGUACUAUCUGGUAAUAUACAGUACGAGGUGAAAAUAUGGCUUUUGGCGUUAAUGGUGUUGUUUUGAUGCUUAGUACUCCUCAAAAACACGUUUUAAAUAACUGGUACUGUUUAGUACUGUCUGGUACUAUGUAGUACAUUGUGAAAAUAGGAGUACUAAGCAACAGAACAACACCACUAACGCCUAAAGGCCAAAUUUUUACCUUGUACUACAUAGUACCAGACAGUACUAAACAGUACCAAUUAUUUAAAACGUGUUUUUGAGGAGUACCAAGCAUCAAAACAACACCAUUAACGCCAAAAGCCAUAUUUUCACCUCGUACUGUAUAGUACCAGAUAGUACUAUAAAGAGAAAAGCUAACAUGAUUUUCGAAAUCAGCACCUUCGAAAACCCCUAAAUCGAGUAUUUUUAAAAAAUUUUCAAAAAAUUACUUUAUAACACUACUGCUUAAGGAAAACUAGUAAAGUUCAGAAAAAAUGAACCCGAUAUUCGAAAUCAGCAACCUUGAAAACCCCUAAAUCGAGUAUUUUUAGAAAAGAAUCGAAAAAUUACUUUUUAACACUACUACUUAAGAAAAAAGUAACAAUCAGAAAAAAAUAACAAAAUUUUUGAGAUUAAUAACAAUAAAUCCAGUCAGAUGGUUCGAGCCUCAUCUUUGAUUUUUCCCCGGUUCCGGAAGUGUCACUGUUCCGCCAUUCCGGAAGUGUCACUAUUCCGCCAUUCCGGAAGUGUCCAAAUUCCGGAAAUGUCGUGGUGCCUUUUUUUCACUUGGAGAGGGAAGCAUUUUGCCAUUUUUGAUACUUCCCGGAUGCAAAAUAGUACAUUUUUUCCCACUGGAUCAGGUCCGCCACUGAUGUUUCCAUAAAAAAACAAUGCUUUCAGCGCGAAACUGGCAAAAAUAUGGCCAAAAAAUGGUUCUCUCUUGGAUCUCUCUCUGCGUUUCGCGUACCCUUUCGGCCGCAAAUAUCGCUGAAUAUCCCGGCUGCGCCUUGAAGCAGUUCCCCUGUUAAUAUUAAAUUUUCAGAAUCCGGACGACUCUAAGCUCACUUGUGAUGUCUGUGGACUCCAAUGCGGCAACGAAUACUUGCUUGGAGAACAUCGGAAGCAACACUCAAAAAAGUGCGACAUGUGCAAUGAGGUACAUUAAACUUUUUCUUAUCAAAAUCAUUGACUUCUUUGAAAUCAACUGGAAUAAUUUCAGACAUUCACCACGAUUUUCGACCUCAAUCUUCACGUUGGUGAGCAUUUUGAUUACCCUUACAAUUGCAAGGACUGCGGGAAAUGCUUUCCCACUCGAAAAUCGUUGGCAGAGCAUAAUAAACUGCAUCGGAUUGUGGAAAAUAUCGAGGAUGAUGACGAAAUGAAACCACAAACUUCAAGAAGUUUGGCUGUAAUCGCGGCUCAUCACAAUUUUAGUGGGAGUAAAUGCAAAAAGGUGAGUCAAACGGAACUUUCAACUAAAACGGGGCAUAAAUUUAAUGGAAAGGCAAUUAUGGAUCAAAAGAUAGGAAUCGGAAGUACUGGGCGACGCACAGACUUUUAAAAAUUUUGCACAUAUGUGUCAACAUCACUUAGAAAUCCCUGGAAAUUUUAGUUGGCGCUUUUCAAGGACAACCGAGAUAUUCAACGAUCAUUGACGUCGAGAGAGUAAGGAAAAUGUGGAGAGCGGUCAGGGAAAUAAGUUUUCCAGUUAUAUUUUACGAACUGUGCUUGGAAAAGAUUGACUUUUUGUGGAAAUUUAACUUACUAUACGAGAAACAGCAUGCCAAUUUGUGUGCCAGCAAUUCCAAAAUGUUCAAUAUUCGAGAUAUUUAGCUCAUGUCGAAAUUAGGUUAAAACUUCAAAAACGUAGGACAUUUUCGCCAUCAGAGGGGUGUUAAAUCGGCAUUCUGUUUCUCAUCUAGUAAGUUAAAUUUCAAAAAAAAAAAAUGUUUUACAAGCGCAGUUCGGAAAGAUAGAGCUGGAAAACUUCUUUCUCUGAACGCUCUCCACCUUUUCCCUAUCUCUCGACCGCAAAGAGCGUUGAAUAUCUUGGUUGUUCUAGCAAAGCGCCAGAUAAAACUUUCAGGAAUUUAUAAGUGAUGUUGACAUAUACUCCGCGUACAAUGUUUUGACCCCCCUCCUAAUUCGGCCCUAAGUGUACUAAUCCGGACCAAAUUUGGUAUAUAGUCAACUCACAGGCUAGUAACAAAAAAUAACAUAGCAGGACAUACCUUAUAGUUGAAUCGCAAAAUCCAGGAGCAAUUUUCAAAAAUGACCCUAAAAAAUCGAGGAAAAAGUUUUGACCCCCCUUAAAUAAAGUUAGAUAUCGCCCGCGGAUAUCGCCCAAACCUAUCGUAAUCGACGUCUCAUACCUGAAUACAGGUUAAUAAAUGGUUUUCCGUUGAAUGCUUCGUUGCAUUUGAGGACUCAACGCGUUAAACCGUUUUUGAUGUAGAGCUGCCCAAAAUCGUAAAAAUCUUGCCCUAGAGCUUUCCAAUAGCUCUAAAUUGGAUUUAUAUUAUGUGAUUUAGACCUGUAUUCACCUUCUCCUUUCGAUAAAAGUGCAUGGUGACCUGGCGGUGUAGAUACGGCAGAUACCCUCUUGUCAUGCCCAGCUUUGGCGACUCAUUAGCUCUCUGACCGAGGGCCUAGAUAUGGUCGUCAGGUUCUCAAUGUAAUCCUGAGACUCCUACUUACUCUCAAACAAAGAAUAAACUCCCACUGACACGGUCUCAUAUGGUUUGCAGGCGCAACUUUGCCGAUCUGCACCUUAACCAGAAAACCGAGUUUUUCAAAUGGAUUUUUACCGACGAAAAAUGGCUUGCAUUAGAUGACCCACGUAAUUUAAGAAACUACGGCACUCGCCGUACACGUCUGAGACGUAUCGGACGCCAAAUCGCCUGCGGGGAUGUGAUCGUCCUCGGGGGCAUCUACAGUAACGGCAAACGCAAGAUUAAGCUGAAUGAAACCCAUUACAAAACGUGUCAAAUCGACGCAUUUUACAUUACUGAGUGUAAACAGGAGUCUCAGGAUUACAUUGAGAACCUGACGACCAUAUCUAGGCCCUCGGCCAGAGAGCUAAUGAGUCGCCAAAGCUGGGCAUGACAAGAGGGUAUCUGCCGGAUCUAUGCCGCCAGGUCACCAUGCACUUUUAUCGAAAGGAUAAGGUGAAUACAGGUCUAAAUCACAUAAUAUAAAUCCAAUUUAGAGCUAUUGGAAAGCUCUAGGGCAAGAUUUUUACGAUUUUGGGCAGCUCUACAUCAAAAACGGUUUAACGCGUUGAGUCCUCAAAUGCAACGAAGCAUUCAACGGAAAACCAUUUAUUAACCUGUAUUCAGGUAUGAGACGUCGAUUACAAUAGGUUUGGGCGAUAUCCGCUGGCGAUAUCUAACUUUAUUUAAGGGGGGUCAAAACUUUUUCCUCGAUUUUUUAGGGUCAUUUUUGAAAAUUGCUCCUGGAUUUUGCGAUUCAACUAUAAGGUAUGUCCUGCUAUGUUAUUUUUUGUUAUUAGCCUGUGAGUAGACUAUAUACCAAAUUUGGUCCGGAUUAGUACACUUAGGGCCGAAUUAGGAGGGGGGUCAAAACAUUGUACGCGGAGUAUAAGUGUAAAAUUGAUCGCACUCCCAGUACUUCCACUUCCCAUUUUUGACCCAUAACUGCCUGUCCAUUAAAUUUAUUCCCCAUUUUAGUUAAAGAACACUCAAAAGCCCGAGCACAUUGAACGGCCCGAAAGUCUGCUCAAUUCCAACCCGUAUUUCAAAGCCUUGUCCAAAGAGCCUUGUCGAAAACGCCGAUCAAGGUCUUCGAAGACCUUGAAAUCCUCUUACACCAAAAAGGAAAAGGGUUUCAACAACGACAAUGCCUUCAAAAUGAUGGUGGAUUUGUCGAAUAAGUUGCUGCAACAACUCAUGGGACAGGAUGAAAAUACCGUAAGCUAGACUUCAUUAAAUUCAUAGUUACCUUUUUUAUAGGAAAAAUAGUGUCAAUAUUGUUAAAAUGUGGUAAGAAAUAUUUUUUUUCAGCAACAACUUCUCCAAAUGAUGCAAGGUGCGGAAAAACCAGUGAACAUCGACCACAGUGCAACUUGA